UGCCAGUAGCCACAGAAUCCAUCGCCAGAUACACAGUACACGACGCACGCCGGCACGACGCACGCCGGCCGUUCCAUUUCGCUCCGCCCUCCCGCCUUGUCCCGUUGCUGAGUUCGCGUCGGCUCGUCCGGAGCAGUUCGCCGCCGCUCAAGGACCCUCCCCGGUCACUCGCCGCCAUGAAGAAGGUUGUGGUGAAGCUGGCCGUGAACGACGACAGGCAGAAGGCCAAGGCGCUCAAGGCAGUCUCCGGUCUCCACGGCAUCGACCAGCUGGGCGUGGACAUGAAGGAGCAGAAGAUGACCGUCGUGGGCACCGUCGACCCCGUCGCCGUCGUCGGCAAGCUGCGCAAGCUCUUCCCCGGCGCGCAGAUCGUCUCCGUCGGCCCGGCCAAGGAGGAGAAGAAGGACGACAAGAAGGACGGCGGCGGCGACAAGAAGCCCGCCGGGGACAAGAAGGACGGCGACAAGAAGGACGGCGGCGACAAGAAAGACGGGGACAAGAAGGACGGCGACAAGAAGCAGCAGGAGGCGAAGCCGGCCGUGCCGGUGUACCCGCCCUACUGGUACCCGAUGCCGCCGCAGCCGCGCUACAUCGUCCACAGCGCCGAGGAGGACCCCAACUCGUGCGUCAUCUGCUGAUCGACGCCCACGCGCCGCCGCCGCCCAUCUUCCCCUGUACAUUUCGUCGCUGUCCUGCCUGUCUUCCUCUGCCGCCGCCGCUGCCGGUGGUUGGCGAUUGCCGUACUCACCAGCCCACCUGCCGCAGCGAUCGACGGCGUGCGUUACACUUGCGUAUACGACCGAGUAAUUACCAGUUGCGUUGCAUCGAUAGGUGCUGUUUGGCUUAUUUUCGGCAAGAUGUCGACCGAUCGGGAUGCUAGUUGUAGUAGUACUACCACAUCUGCAUGCAUCUGCUGAUCAGUUUGUAGAGUGAGAAGAGCUAUAUAUAAAGAGAAAGAACUUUUGAUGGUA